UCCAGUGUCGGGGGCCGGGGCCGCCCGUUACGGCCGCCCCCAGGGCGUGCCCGCCUCGGCUCCGGGGCGGAGCGGGGGGAGGCAGGUGGGGAGAAGCCCCCGCGCUUCGGAAAGCUCCCGGGGUCAGGAGCCGCUCGUUUGUCCCUGGGUGGUCGCAGCCAUGCCCGUGAGGAAGCCCCCGGUCAAACGGCGCAGCACCGACUCGGGCGUGGAGCCCGACCGCGGGGCGCUGUCCCAGGAGAAGAAGGCCCAGCGCACCGCGCUCUUCCUCAGAGACUUCGAGCAGCAGGCUAAGGAAAGCAUCCGGGAAAUGAAGAAAGAGCUUGAUGCGCUCUUGCAAACGGCUGAGAAGGCGUUCACAGUGGAGUUGCUGAAGAUACCACUUGCCAUCAGAAAAAUGAAAAGAAAAGACUUGCUUAAUUUGCAAGGAAGGGAGGAAGUGGCUCUUGCUGCUGCAGUGAGUGACUCUUCUCUAGAAGAUGUACCAAAUCCCAAACUGAUGAGGACCAACAGCAAAAAAGUUAAGGUAACUACAAUUGUUGAAUAUGAAGAUGCCAAGCAUACUUCUGCAAAGAAAAUAUCUAAAAAAGUAUGCAGAACAAAGUCACUGGUUUCAUUGGGCUCUGGUUUAAAUAGCAAACUGAACCCUAUGUCUAGGUCUGUUUACUCUUCUGAGGCUGUUAAGACUGUUGCCUCUGAUUGCAGUGCUACAAAUUUAAAAGCCACGCCAAAGACAUCUAAAAGUAUUGGACUACAACAGACUGUCUCGAGAACUGCACCUACCAGUGGAAGAGUUCAAGGCAUGUUACUAAGAAGUAGAUCAGUACCCCAACACAGAACUGUUCCAUUUGUAAACAUUCCCUUGGCUGAUGGACAGACCCUCUGUAUGGCUGGUGGAGACCUCCGUAACAUUGAUGUGCAACUACUAAAUCAAGAUACAGUACAGCAUAUUCAUAACUUAGUGAGUGAGCUGACUGUACUAUACGGAAAGGCCACAGCUAAACCAAAUUAAUGGAACUGUCUUCUGACUCAAGGAUUGUAUGACAUCUCUUGCUUGCCUCCCCUGAAGUGUUCAGAGAAUGUUUAUAAUGUCUUAAUAAAGCUGUAUACUGCCCAAUAAAUGUUUUAUACAAAUUUAUACAAAAGCUUAAA